AUGAGACUUCUUGCCAUAUUCAUCUGUCUUGCCCUGCCUCAACUCAUCCAAGUACCUCGGGAAGAAAUCACGGAGGUUUCCUCUUCGGUUUGGGGGCUACUACGGACCACCGUAGAAUACAAGCUAUCCAGGAUCUUUUCAAUCUCAAUCAGUACCUCUGGGCAUUUAACUAGUGGAACCUGUAGACAAGUGUAUACUUUAACUGACCCCCUUUCAACACUGCCUGAAAUUCCAACCUCAUAUGACCUACGAGAGGCUGGAUUGCAGGUGCCGGUAAAGGAUCAAGGUGUAUGUGGCUCAUGUUGGGCCUUUGGGACAAUGACCCUUGCUGAAUCCUCUAUUAUAGCAACAAGAAGCAGAUACACUGACACUCCACAAGGCCCUUACUUCAGCGAUAUCGUUACUGAGGGAUCGGUUCAAUAUCUAAUGAAUACAUCGCAAUCUAUUGGAAAUCAGUUUUGUAACGGAGGCAACUUUAUAUAUGCUGCCUUUGAUUAUGCUAAUGAUAAUACACCAACAGUUGAGCUUCAAAGCAAUUGGCCGUAUACUUCAGCAAAGCUAUCAACCAACCCUUCCACAAUUCUUCAACAUGACCCCAAGAUACCCUCCAACGCAUACCUCAAUCCGUUUGCAAGGCUGAAGUUAGGAGGCUCUUGUUACAGUUCGUUAAUUCGUAUUUAUGAUCACUCUAGAAAGCCAUUCAACAGAUCGGUCAUCAAUGUCAUUAAAUCCUAUAUUGCAAGAGGCAUACCAGUUGUUGGUGCCAUGUUUGUAGACGGGGGCGGGUUGCAGGGAUCAAACAAAUUCAGUAGAUACACUGGAGGCCUCUUCCACGAACCUUGCUCUGUAUAUGGCGCUGAUCAUCAGAUAGUAUUUGUUGGGUAUGGAUAUUAUAAAGGAACUGAGGCAUGGGUUAUCAGAAACUCAUGGGGUGAAAAGUGGGGUGACUAUGGAUACUUCUACGUUCCUAUUGGAGAGGAUACCCUGUGCAUUGAGCACUAUGCAUACACCGCAAUUCCAGCGAAAAGCCACCUUGCUGAAGCCCUGGUGCCUACACUGUGGAGAAGCAGGAGACGGCAACUAGCAUUCGAGGAUGGAGUUUACAAUCCACCGGCAGACAAAUACAACUAUUAUAGUGGGAAGAUUGUACGAGGGUUAAACGGAUUGGAUUGGAGCGACGGGACAUUUACAGUUAUCUCCCAGAGGUUAUCUACAUGGACAAUUGUGUGGAUUGUAAUUGGAUCUGUACUAGGAGUCAUUGUUUUAGCACUAAUUAUAGCCUUAGUCAUCGUUCGUAGUAGGCAGAGGAAGCUUCAAAUAGUAGCAAACCUUAAGCGCCCUGGAGCGCAGUUACAAAACAUAAUUGGGUGA